GGCGGGACGGCGGGGAGCGCUACCCCUCGGCUUCCCGGACUUCCCAGGGCACGCGCCGCGCGCACCCGGACGCCGGGACCCGCCGCCAACGGCCUCGGCGGCCCCGGAGACGGCGGCAGCCAAUCAGCGCGGCGCGGGGGCGGGGCUCGUCAGGCGGGAGGGCGGGGGGCCGGAGGAACGACGGGGAGGGGGGAGGAAAAAAGGGAGGGAGGGGGCGCCUCCUCCUCCUCGGGCUCGCGGAGAAAGAAGCUCGGCGCGGCCGAGCGGAGGAGAGCAGCGGCGCCAAAGAGAGCCGGGACGGGCCUCCGAGCGCCCGCCCGCCCGAGCAGGGGACCAAGAUGGUGUCCUGGAUGAUCUCCCGAGCUGUGGUGUUGAUUUUUGGAAUGUUGUAUCCUGCUUAUUAUUCAUACAAAGCUGUGAAAACAAAAAACGUCAAGGAAUACGUUCGGUGGAUGAUGUAUUGGAUUGUUUUUGCCCUUUAUACUGUGAUUGAGACCUUGGCAGAUCUAACCAUUGCUUGGUUUCCCUUGUACUAUGAGAUGAAAAUCGCUUUUGUCAUUUGGCUGCUCUCUCCAUACACUCGAGGGGCAAGUUUAAUCUACAGGAAGUUCCUUCACCCACUGCUUUCGUCAAAGGAAAGGGAGAUCGAUGAUUACAUUGUCCAAGCCAAAGAACGAGGCUAUGAGACCAUGGUAAAUUUUGGUCGCCAGGGUUUAAAUUUAGCAGCCACUGCCGCUGUUACUGCUGCCGUAAAGAGUCAAGGAGCAAUCACCGAACGUUUGAGAAGUUUCAGCAUGCAUGAUUUAACAGCCAUUCAAGGAGAUGAGCCUGUGGGAUCGAGGCCCUUUCAGCCUGCCCCUGAACCAAAAAAGAAACUGAAAGCAGCUCCCAGUGAAGCCACAGAUUAUGGAAUUCUCUCAAAAGAUGGAGAUGAGAAAACAGAUGAAGAUGGUGAUGGGCCGUAUUCAGAUGAUGAAAUGUUAACACACAGAGGCCUUCGAAGAUCCCAAAGCAUGAAGUCUGUGAAAACCAUCAAAAGUCGCAAAGAGGUACGGUAUGGCUCAUUAAAAUAUAAAGUGAAGAAGAGACCACAGGUGUAUUUUUAGUUGACCAAAUAUCUCCAAGUAAACUGCUGUAAUGCAAUAACUUGACUUCAAUUCAUCAUGUAUUUGUCCAUUUAAAAUAAUUCCUCAAGAAAUGGUGAUGAUAGGACAAUUAGAAAUAGUUUUUUAAUCUGUUAAAUCUAUGAAUAGGUUUUAUUUCUCUAAUUAUUACUUAAUAUUCUCCAUUAUUAAAAUCUAUUUAUGUAAAAUUAGUUCUUUCAACUCUAAGGUAAAUUAUAAGUGAUAGAAAGUAUUACCCUUUCCUAAGUUAGUUAACACUAAUUGAGUGUUUGCUGUACAAGCAAAAGCACACACAAAAAACUUCUUUAGUAUACUUGAACAUUUUUGUGGUUCAGGAAACCUUACAAAGCCUUUAUGGGUAUUGUAAUUUGCUUACCUCCAUUUAUGAUGAAUUAUGAAAGAGACCGAUUUGUUCUAAACAUUUGCAUUGGUACAGUAAAACGCAGAAGGAGAGAGAUGAUAAGUUACAUUUUAUAUAUCCUUAGCUAUUUUACGUUUGUAAGAUUUCCUGGUCUCCUAACUCUCACCAAGUUUUAAAACUUUUAAUUUGAAAACCAGGUAUCUACAUCCAGCACUUUUAUACCAGUACAGCUUUGCACACUUGAAAUUGUUUACUUAUUAUUUACAGCUGUACAAUUUUUUCUUUUAUUGAAACUAUUUUCAUCAUUCUUUGUCUCAUUUUGCUAUGUCAUAUAUGUCCUUUGUUCUUUAACUUCUCUUCCUGUGGCUUUAUUUCUUUAAAUGUAUUUUGAUUCUGGAAACACGAAACAUAACUGACCUUUUCAUUAAAUAUCUAUUUGAGUUUUUUUUUUCUUAAUUACCUUCUCAUGAAUGAGAAGCAACAUGUGAUUGAUAACCUACUUUUGCAUUUGCGGUUCUGUUUUGGCACUUAAAUAUAGUAAGUUCUUUAUUAAUAAUACUUAUGAAGCAUUUUACUUUUGUAAAAAAUGCUAGCUUAAACAUAGUAUGGUUAGUGAUCCCACACAACACCCCAAUUUCAUGAAAUAACUCAAAGCUUGAAGCAUAAAUUAUUGGUUUUAUGUGAAUCUUACUGAUCGAUUUUUGAGUCUGGCAUUGGCCAGAUCUGUUUCAUUGAAUCACUCCUCUUCUGGCUAAGAAAUCUCCCCUGAGGAUGUGAAAUACAAAGAUUGUUAUCUUUCUUUCAUCUGAAAAACCAUUUCUAUCUGAGGAAAAUGUAUCCUAAUGAAUCUUCUUUUUAGCAAAAAGUUGGAGGUUUUAAAUUAUUGGGGCUUGAAUAAUGGACUCUUAGUACUAUAUAAUACCUGAAUUGCUUUCUUCACAUUGAAAACCAAAGUCUUUUGAAUGUGAUGCCAUGUAAUUUUUUUUAAAAGACAGAGUCUUUUGACUAUGAAACAAUAUAUGUUUUUUGAAAUUGGAUCCUUACCAGAAAGAACUGAUGACCAUUUAGUGAUUAGAAGUGAAAUUUUAGCUAUCUCACACUUGAAUUGCAGAUGGAAUUAUUUUUGUUCAGAAGUUUUAUUCUGAUAUCCUACUAGUUCCCCCAACUCUUGUACUGUUCUUCCUUCCACCAAUCUGUCCCUUACCCCCCUCAAAAAAAAAAUUAUGACAGUGAAAGCCCUUGGUUCUUUUGUCCUCAUCCUUCUCUAGAAUGGGAGUGUUCCAGUGAUGGGGAAAAGAAGGUUUGCUUGGAAAUCGUGCCCUAAUUGAUGAAAGUGCACUUUGCACUGAGGGCCUGUCUUCUCUUGCUCAUUAACAAAAAUUAGUAACACCUUUUUUUCCCACAGUUACUCAUAAGAGCAACUGCAUAAUUGUCUUUUCCUUGAUCAUUUGUUUAAGAGAAUUCACUAUUUUCUCUCCUGGAUCACUAGGAUUUAUGAUCACCAGCUCUUCAGGGAGAAAGCUUUGUUUACAUGCUCAUAAUGCUGGGCUUAUUCAUUGCAAGUUAGAGAAAAUCAUGUUAGAAAACUUACUGGUCCUGUCGGUCAUUACUCUUCAAUUCUGUGAAACCUUGAAGAGUUCUAAUUGACUUCUUGUGGACCAUUUUGUGACUAAACUCCACUUUGCAGGGUCUGUAGUUUAUCCCUUUAUCUUUCUGAUCUUCCAUCAUAGGAUACAAUAUUGCUCAGUAGGAGAAAGGCAGACACGAUUUCUACUUUGGAGGAAAUGAAAUCUUCUAGAUAACUGAUUUUUUUUUUCUAAAAGCAUAGCUCCCUAAGUCAAGAUUAGAAAAGAAGCCUUUCAUAAUUGUAAAGAAAUUUUUAAAAAAAAUUCCCUCUUCCUCCCCAAAGAUUUCUGGAGCCCAUUUUCAGAGGAUACAGAUAGUUGGUACAAUUUGCUCUGUGCCUUUUUUUUUUUUUUUUUUGGGGGGGGGGGCACUUUUCACUUCCUCUCCCCCUUUUCCCUAUUACUUGUUUUUGGAAUAUUGUUCUUAAUGCUUCUUUAAUCCAGUUCCCCCUCACCCCAUGAAUUUUACUUGUGUUUUAGAGUCCAGUGUUCCACAAGAUUUCUAAUUUUUAAACAGAUCCCUUUUUUCUCAUUCUCCUUCAUUAACAGUAAAUUCCUUUUUGUUCAUUGUCUUCUAUUCUUGAAUCUCGUGGGAGAUGAGGAUGGCUUUUCCAAUCAAGGUGCUUCAUCCCUAAGAGGCACUGCCAGGAAGCCCCCUCUGUUAGCCUAUGCCAGCCAGUCAGCAAAUGCCCUUGCCUAUUUGUAGCACUUUUCCUGCAACCACUUAAGUUUAUCUGUUCUUAUUUUGUUAUGUUAUAGAAAUAGUUUGUCGUUAACAAAAAAUAGAUAUUUCAGAAGUUUAUUCACAGUAGCAAGAAUUCAUCAUUUACCCUGGCAACCUGUAAUAUUUUUCUUUUAAAGUGAGCCAGAAAUAUUGACGAAAAUGUGUUUGUUUACACAAGUACAAACACAUUCAAUGCAUUCAGACCUUCCCGGGGCCUUUUUGAAUGUACCAUAAACACUAGAUUUUGGUUAGAGAAUGACAUAGCCAUCAUUAUCAGCCAUGGUUACUUGACCAUAUUUUAUUGGUUAUAUAUAACAAAAAUUUUUAAGCAUUUUCAGGGAACUUAAUCCACGUCACCACCAAAGAAUUAUACAGUGUUAUGAGUUAUAUAACAGGAAUAACUGAAAAAUAUGAAUUAAAAUGUGCUUUCCUUUUUUUCUUUCUCGACUGAAACAGUUUGUUCCUCAAAAAAUGUUUGAACUUUGUUUUGUUAAAUAUUAACUUUCAUCAAAACAUCACACACCAGGCCCCAUACUUGUUUUAAUUAGAGUGUCUUCUUUCAAAUUUUAAUUUUGAUCCUUUCUAUCAAGAGAAUUCUAAGGGAAAAGUAUGUGUUUAAAUCAAUAUAACCAGAGUUUCUCUAUAUACUGAGUAAUUCAUUUCUAAAACAAAAAUAGCUGUUGAGAAUUAUGCUACUUUAUUUUGCUACUUUGUAGCAAUGCAUGGCAUAUUUUAAAACUAAAGCUUUUUCUUUCUUUUUUUUAAUAUUUAAAAAAUUUUAAGUUAAAAUAUUUUCAAGACUUAACUCCUAAAUCAAGUGACCCAGAAUUUAAUGUAAAAGUUUUUAAAUUUUUAAGGUUUAAUAUUUUCUACUCUAAUACUUUUAAGAAACUGUGUAAUAGCUUGAAGAAAAAUCUUAUUGCAUAUUAUGUCAACUUUUGUAAAUUAUUUAAACAGUGUUGCGGGUAUUUUUAUCAUGCUGUGUGUUUUUGAAAAUUCAAUAAACUUCGGAUUUACUA